AUGGAGGUCCGCUUCACGCGAGGCAAAUCCGCGAUCCUCGAGCGCUCGCUCACGCGUCCCAAAACGGAGGUGAGCGUGAGCGCGUUCGCGCUGCUCUUCUCGGAGAUGGUGCAGUACUGCCAGAGCCGGGUGUACUCGGUGUCUGAGCUCCAGGCCCGGCUGGCAGACAUGGGCCAAGGGGUUGGAGCCAGCCUUCUGGAUGUUCUUGUGAUGAGGGAGAAAAACGGAAAAAGAGAGACCAAAGUUUUGAACAUACUCCUCUUUAUUAAGGUAAAUGUAUGGAAAGCAUUAUUUGGUAAGGAAGCAGACAAACUGGAGCAAGCCAACGACGAUGACAAAACAUACUACAUCAUUGAAAAGGAGCCUUUGAUCAAUGCCUACAUUUCAGUACCUAAAGAAAAUAGCACAUUAAACUGUGCAGCCUUCAGCGGGGGCAUCGUGGAGGCUAUCCUAACCCACAGUGGCUUCCCAGCCAAAGUCACUGUCCACUGGCACAAGGGAACCACACUGAUGAUCAAGUUUGAUGAGGCGGUCAUUGCUCGUGAUAAAACUCUAGAUGGCAGAUAGCAGACUGCUUACUACAUCAAGCUUCAAGUUUAGCCUUGAGUCUGGAGUCUCAGCAUUGUUUUUUUCCCCCGCUCAGCUGUUCUCCUUUUAAUGAUGUUACAGAAUAUUGCUAGGACAAGCCACAUCAACACAGUCACCUCACUUGUCCAGUUCAGUGUAAAAUGAUGUCUUUACUGAUACACUAAUGCAUUGAGGGGUUAUUUUCAAAGUAGUUUAAGAUAAUAUAAUUUUUGGGUGUUCAUUUUACAAAUGUACCACAACAAGACAUUUAUAAAUUAUAAAUAAUGGUAAAUUAAAUUGGUAUUGAAUUUAGGCUUGGAUCUCAGUGGAAUUGAGUAUCACUGCACUGAUAUUGAAAAAAGAAAGAAAGAAAUGUUAACAAACACCAUUUAACUGUUAGUUGCUCAAAAUUAGGCAGACACUGUACUUAUGUCAGUUUAGUGCUAGCAGAGAUGCACAUGCUCAUAAACUGUAGCAGAGAAGUUUUAUUUACAGUGUCAAUUAUUAUAUUUGGACUUCUUGAUAUUUGUAUUAUAGAGGAUUGUUGUUAUGUCUGUUUAAUUUGUUCAUGAUUCAUUUUUCAUCACACAAUAUAAUAAAGUCUUUGUAAACUGCAA